AUGUUUUUACUUUUUAGCCUCGCCGCCUCCACUCUCCCACAAAUACCAGUCUCGACACUACCUAAGUCUUUUCUCCGUUCUCAACAACACUACAACCGUCUCUUCUCCAUGGCAUCCAAUAAUCUCCACCACCACCACGAUGAGAACGGCGCCAUCGCCACCACCACCGCUAUGGCCACCGAUACCCUAAAUAUCCACAAUUCCUCCCCUUGCAAAAAACAUAAGCGCUUUGACAUUGAUAUCCGCUCAGAAUUCUCUCAUCACGACCCUGCCGUCGCCCGAAUUAACAACGGCAGUUUCGGUUCAUGCCCCUCCUCCGUCAUCGAAGCCCAACAACGUUACCAGCUACGUUUCCUUGAACAGCCCGACGACUUCUACUUCAACCAUCUCAAACCCUCCAUCCUCCGCUCCCGCGAAGCCAUCAAAACCCUCAUCAACGCCGAUCACGUCGACGAAAUCUCAAUAGUCGAUAACGCCACAACGGCCGCUGCAAUCGUACUCCAACAAGUCAAAUGGUCGUUCUUCGAAUCAAAAUUCAACCCUGGCGACACCGCCGUGAUGCUCCACUACGCCUACGGUGCCGUCAAAAAGUCCGUCGAGGCUUACGUAACGCGAGCAGGUGGCCAUGUCAUCGAGGUUAAGAUGCCCUUUCCCGUAGCUUCAAAUAACGAAAUAAUUACAGCAUUUAGAAACGCUUUAGAAUUAGGGAAAUCCAAUAAUCGUAAAGUUAGGUUAGCCGUAAUUGAUCACAUCACCUCCAUGCCAUCCGUUGUAAUUCCCGUCAAGGAAUUGGUAAAGAUGUGUAGAGAAGAAGGAGUUGACCGGAUUUUCGUUGAUGCUGCUCAUGCAAUUGGGUCAACUAGGGUUGAUGUCAAAGAAAUUGGGGCUGAUUUCUACACUAGCAAUCUCCAUAAAUGGUUAUUCUGUCCACCUUCAAUCGCAUUCUUGCACUGUAGAAAUCCCGAGCUAUCUAAUCUCCACCACCCUGUGGUAUCUCAUGAAUACGGAAAUGGGUUAGCUAUAGAAAGUUCAUGGAUCGGGACAAGGGACUACAGCGCACAACUAGUUGUACCCGAGGCUUUAGAGUUUGUAAGUAGGUUUGAAGGUGGGCUUGAUGGAAUAAGAGAAUGGAAUCACCAAAAGGUUAUAGAAAUGGCAAACAUGUUAGCAAAAUCUUGGGGCACUCAUCUUGGUUCACCUCCUGAUAUGUGUUCAAGUAUGGCAAUGGUUGGAUUACCCACUUCUUUGGAGAUUAUGAGUGAUUCUGAUGGAUUAAAAUUAAGGUCUCAUUUAAGGGAGUGCUUUAAGGUUGAAGUUCCAAUAUAUUAUAGGCAACCAGAGGUUGGGGAGGUCAAUCCGAUAACUGGAUUAAAAGAGAUUGGAUGUAAUAUUGCUACUACGGGUGACAAUAAUGCUUCUGUUGCAGUAUCAGAGUAAAGAGAAAAAUAUGUGUACAAAUCUUGUAGCAAGCGGUGUCUCUGGAUAAAAUGCUGUUGGUUGGGUUUUCAAUCAAGUUUGAAUUCAUUUUAAAAAGGAAACGUUGUAUUUGUGUCGGAUAACCCUUAAACUAAGUGUUCACUUUUU